AUGGCACGUUUUAAAAGAUUAGCUGAUUCUAUAAACUAUAGUAGACCAGUUAUUGCAAUGACUGAUAAUAUUAAACUUUAUCCUUGUCUUGGCUAUUCUGCAAAUCUUGGAUAUAUCAUUGGAUCUACUCUUCCACUUGAACAAACUUAUGUUGAAGAUUAUAAUGAAGUAAAAUUGAUAAUCCAAAAUAUAAUUUCAAAUAAUGCAGUUGCUAAACAAGUUCAUUUAUAUUUACUUCAAGUGAGUUCUUUAAGAUUAACUUUUGAUCAAAUUCUAAAUUUUAAAAUACCUUUACCGAAGUUUCCACCAGUUGUAGUUAGAUUGAUUCUGAAUAAUGGUAAUGAAACCUCAGUACAAAUUUUACAAAUGCAUAAACAAGUAUUAGAAAUAGCAGAACAAAUUUUUAUUUAUAUAGUUUUUGUUGGAGCUGAUGGAGCAAUUUCAGAAUUUAAUGUACAAAAAUAUCUAAUGGCCAAAGAUACUGAACAAACAAUUAGUUUUAUUGGUCCAGUUAUUCAAGUUUCAGAUUCAUUAUAUACUCAAAAAUCUGCUCGAAAUGCAUUAUUUUCUAAAGUACGACUAUUAACAUUAGGACAUUAUAUAGCAAUGUAUAAUCAGAUAUUAGAUUUAUGUAAGCAACCUGAUAGUGUUUUAUAUAAAAAGAAUGUUAUUAAUUGUGAUCAUCAGAAUGAUGGGGCUAGUUAUCGUCUUUUUUGUUUUUCAUUUCUUAAUCAAGUUUUAGAUUCUAAUAUUUCUGAAAAUAAUCGAUAUGGGCUUUUUAUUUAUUUGUUCGUAAUUGGCGAAUUGAUUGAUGCAUAUCAAAACAGAACAAUUUCUCAUUUGAAAAGAGCUCGUAUGCUUCGAAAAGAAUUUUCUGCUACACAAACAUUAAAUAUUUUAAUAAGUUUGGCUGAAUCAUUAAUACUUUUAAUUAUAUCAUAUCGUAAUUUUUAUCCUUCUUAUCUAUUAUUACCUUGGCUUCAUGGAUCUGAAGGAUAUGAACAUUUUUUUAGACUAUAUCGACAGAUCAAUAAUGAUUUUUCAUUUUUUGAUCUACUAUACUUGGUACCGAAAGUUUUAUAUGUAUAUAAAACAUAUAUGACAGGCACUUUAAAUGAAGUAAUAAAAGAUAGACAUCUGGUGUUG